UAACAAACCGCCCAAACAUGAGGAAGGCGACCCGGCAUCUGUCAUCAUCGAACGGUCGAAGUGUCGAACGCCCUGCCAAAUCGCCGACUCCCUUCUCGGCUUCGCCUUUCGGCAGACGUUAGCACACGGCACAGAAGCACCGCCACUCCGCCAGGCGCCAGCACCGCAUCACGUCGCGUCAGUCGUCUCCUACUCGCCUCACACCCGUCGCUCGAUCGCCUGCGGCACUCUGCCACUCAUCCUUCGGCGGUUCGGCCAGCGGCCCUUCUCAAUUCUUACAUUCCGACCUUCCGUAGUUCCGUCUCCAUUUUCUCAGAACCAGCCCUGGCGGCGAUAUGGAAACACCGGCGAGGCGGUGGGCUGGGAUUCAUCGCCAUAGCCUACAUUGGAGUGGACUACCUCCGCUUCAUCUCGCCACAUUUGCACUCUUGGAUUCAGCCAGUGCUAUGGAUUGUCCUGGCAAUUGCAGCCAUCAUCCGUGUUCCCUUCUACAAGCACUGGCCUGCUGAGCUUCGCUCUGCGCUUCCCUUCGUCUUGUCUAUAGUCUUCUUACUCUCCGCCCUCCUCAUUGAAGCCAUUUCAGUCCGUUCUGUCACCGCCGUGCUCGGCCUGGAUUGGCACAAUGAAACAUCGCCUCUUCCUGAUGUUGGCCAGUGGUUGCUUCUGGCAUUGAAUGAAAAGCUACCUCAAGUAAUGGUUGACAUAUUGAGAGCUGAUAUAAUUGGAUUGCAUCAUUUUCUGAUGCUGUUUGUGAUGCUUGCCUUUUCUGUACUGUUUGAAUAUGUUGAAGCUCCUGGUCUUGGGCUAGGAGCAAGAUACUUGUUCACAAUGGGUUGUGGGCGUCUUUUUAGGACCAUUGCAUUUGUUUCUACAAUUUUGCCAUCUGCAAGGCCUUGGUGUGCACAGUCUCGAUUUCAUGUUCCUUAUCAUCCUCACCGUUGGGCUCAGAAGUAUUAUACUCCAUAUGCCAAAGAUUCUCAAGCUAUACGCCAAGUUAUUAGCUGGGAUACUGCAUAUGCUAAUCUGGGGGAUUACAAAGCAGAAUUUCGGCCCAAUUGGGGGGUAAUGAGCUUUCUUAUUGAUUUCUUACGGCCUACAUCUCAAGAGGGUUCAUCUUCAUGGUACCAUCUGUUGAAGAAAGCUGGAGGUGGCUGUAAUGACCUCAUCUAUAGCGGCCACAUGCUUGUUGCAGUACUGACCACUAUGGCAUGGACGGAAGCGUACGGUGGAUAUAGCUCGGCAAUUGUGUGGUGUCUUUUGCUGCAUAGUGCCCAAAGAGAAAUAAGGGAACGCCACCAUUACAGUGUAGAUGUGGUUGUGGCCUUCUACAUGGGCAUAUGCUUAUGGAAACUGAUAGGCCUAUUCUGGCCAGUCAAAGACAAGUCAAAAAACAACAGACUCGUUAAGCUGGAGAAGAUACAUGGCGGAUUAGUGCAAGCAGCUAAGGACUACAACAUGGAUAAAGUUAGAGAGCUCUUAGAAGAAGUAGAUAUGAAUGGGCCCGUUAACCAGACCCCCCCGAACAAAGUACUUCGGGUGUUUUCAGGCAUGACCAUCAUCUUCACACUGACCAUUGUUAUUCUUGCCUUCACACUGACCAGUGACGGUUGAUCCAUUUUUCACCCGACUUUGGGAUUUUUUUCCUCUUUGCCAAGUUUGGUUCUAGAGUGCACGAUGGAUGUUGUAGAAGUGUGACAAUUUAUUGUCGCAGAUAUAUCACGUGCAUUGUAUGAAUUUUCAUGUCCCAUUCUCAUGCUGCGAGUCAUUUAACAUAGAAGAAACUUAAUGAAAUUGUGUAACAUUAUUCCUCCAUGACGUACAUGAUAACAGUGUGUUGUGAGCGUUCUUUUUCUCUUUUUUUUUUGUAAUGCAAUAUGAAACUUUUUAUCAGUCUAAAUGUUAUUCUAAUAACAGUAAUGCAAUAUGAAUCAAAUCACUGAAG